AUGGACUCCGAGACGGUCGCCAAGCCGUUUUCCUCGUCCGUUUCCCGCCUCUUCAAGAAGUCCACUGUUGUCAUUGCUGGGGCUGCCGUCGUUCUUCUUCAGCUCUCACUGGAACACGUCACAAGCGCUGCCCACAUUGCACACUGGCCGAUUAACGCGUACUUGCGUGCAGUGCGGUGCGAAACGGACUGGACCGAGUUUCAGCCCAAGGCGUGCCGCGCCGCGGUGAGCGGGGGUGGCCGCACUCCCGGCCGGUGCGUGCCCCUGACCUGGUGCCCGCCCCUGGUGGCUGCGGCGGGUCGCGGGCGCCGACCGCGCUCGUGCGGCUUUCACGAGAGCUCGCUGCUGGUGUGCUGCCCGUCCGGCGACGUGGUGGACCCGAGGACGCCGAACACAGGCACGCUAUCUCCCAGGCAACCACCCGCUGACGAGGGCCCCCGGAACGAGCCAGGCUGCGGUGUCGUGGUCGACGAUCCAGGGGUAGUCACUAACGGACCAAAUGGAGGCGUGAGGCUUACGAGGUCAACGUGGCCUUGGAUGGCGGCUAUAUUCAAAGGCGACAAGUUCCUCUGUGGUGGUUCUCUACUGGAUCGCAACACCGUGCUGACGGCGGCUCACUGCUUCCCCGACCUCAGGAAUGACGCCGGAAUGUACAAGGUGCGUGUGGGCAUCCUGGAGGUGAACGAGACGGCGAGUUCGCACAGCGCCAACCUUCCCGUCCGCUGGAUCCGGCUGCACGAGCGCUACCGGACUGACCGGCACUACAACGACAUCGCGCUCGUGAAGACCGCCAGCAAGGCUUCCUACGGUAGCCACAUCGGUGCGGUGUGCCUACCGCAGCCAGACCUCAAGCUGGGGGGACAGGUCGUCGUACUCGGCUGGGGACACACGGCUUUCGGUGGUCGGUACGCGCACCGUCUGCAGGAAGGUCGCGUGUCCGUCAUCAGCAACGAGGAGUGCGACGAGAUCAUGCGCAGAUCGUCCAGCUACAGGGUCGCCACACCUGACGGCAUCACCGAGGACUUCGUGUGCGCCGUCAACCAUACGGGCGUCGACGCCUGCCAGGGCGAUUCCGGAGGACCCUUGCUGGCUCUGGGCCUCGACUUCCGGUGGAACGUGGUGGGAGUGGUCUCGUUCGGCAUCGGUUGCGGCGGUCGCUUUCCCGGAGCCUACUCGCGCGUCACAACCUUCCUCGAUUGGAUCGCCCGGAACAGGGACUGAAUUCGACGGGACAAAGUCGCUGGGUCCAACUGAGCACUGCCCUCCCCCCCCUUCUUCACAGAAGUCCCUACAGAAGGCUCAAGGCCAACUACAAGGACUGUGUCCGGUUCGGUGCGACAUGUGGUGAUAGACAACAAUCGCAGGCUGCUUCUGAUAGGACCACUUGAGUCGAGUGCGUCUUUACUAUAUCUCUAUUCAAAGUGGCUCGCAGAACCGUCAUCUUCGCAUUGUAAGUCUCGAACUUCGUACGGUGCACAAAGACAUCCUGUGUUCAAACGAGCGCCUUCGCCGGUGCCUAUAGUUGUACUUUGCCUACCCCACGUCUCAAUUUUCACGUACAUCGUAAUGGGUGCUAGAACUGACGUUAGAUCUGUGAACGGAAGAGAAAUUUUCCCUAACAUCAACAGCACUCGGCAUGCGCUUGUUGCAUCCUUUUAUCCCAGCCGUGCACUCACUUAAGGGCAGUGUAGCAGGUAUUCGGUUCGUAAUAUUAGAGCCGUUUACGUAACCUCAGGUUCGCACACCCUCUCUCAGCAAACUUGGUGCCAUUCACCGUUAUUGUCGUAGAAGCCAAAAGAAAGUCCGCCCGGGGCUCGAAGCACUGGGGCUCGAACCAAUGACAUCUCGCUUUGCACUGGAGCACGAGCCGCCUGCAUGGUGCACUUGUCACACAGUCGUAAUGCUAAACGCUGACGAAAGGGCUUGAUAUCUGAUAUAUGUGGAGCGCAACGUGUGUGUCGAAGCCUAACGAGCAUAAGCGCGCGACUAUGAGGCAGAACUGCUUGAACAAGCCUGCGCGCACUGUUUGCGAUUACGAGAGACUCUAAAGUAAAAAGAAAGUGCGUCUUCUCAAACAAGCGUUGCUUGCUUAUGUAGUGAAGUGGAUUCUUCCGAAAGACUAGGAACAAGGGGCUGCCGUGCACCAAUGGCGUCCUGCAAAGAAGGCACAGCGAGUAGCUUUAUAGGCUGCGCAGGCGUGCCUAUCACCUUUUUUUGUGGCUUUAUACUCAUGGACAACUAUGCAAGACUUGUGGAACGGUGACAUAUAACGGUGACGGCAAUAUCGAAGCGUAUGCACGUCACACCAUUAUGCUACCACAUUUUAUUGCCUGCGAAUGGGCACUUUGACGUCUUUCAAUCGAUUAUACUAUGCGUUAUAAGGGACUACUAAAAGGAUAUAAGUACACCUGGAUAACUAGACCUCCCUAAAGAAAUUAAGAAUAAAUCACUCCUACUGAGCCCAGUGAUUUGGUGAGAACAAAACGCGGCGUUAACCUGAGACCGAUGGCCCCGUGAAGCGUCUUUCUUUUUUUUUUUUUUUUUGGAAAUCAGGUUCCUGCGAUGUCGUAGAGUUCUGGCAAUGGCUGGCCAACGCUAGUUGACUGUGGAUUGCUAAAUUACCUCUAUAUUACACUUCGAAAGAAAAAUAUCCCCAUUUCACCUUAUGGAAGCUUUCCGACAAAAUUGAUCCUAAGUCCGCGAAGAUUUUGCAAAAUCUUUAACGUCAUACAAUAACGCCAGUGGUGCCAUGAUUUAGGUCCAAGAGAAACUGAGAGGCCGAGGCUUGCCCUUUAAUUACAACCUCGUCCGCUCAAGUCUCGCACUUUCUUCCUUUCUUUUUGUUAUUGUAAAAUAUUUUUUUUUUAAGUUUAAAAUAACUAUGAACUUACUUUCUUGCCUAUGUAGUGCGCGGACAAUAAUCAUGUUAAUGAGAGCUAAAGUUUCGUGCGCUGAGGUGCACGCACUGGUGUGGAUCUAUGUAUUAUUUAGUUUUUCAAAUCGCUUCUACAGGUGAACAGGUCUCGUGCGACUGUGUUUAAGUAAAGCGUGAUUGAAGUGUUAUUGUCGUUUGAUGUGUCAUCACUACGCAGUUUUGAUAGUGCCGAUGAGAUGAAAUGAAAUAACUAAACUUUAGAGCAGUAAAUUCAGCUACGUAUCCUUUUCUUUUUUUUAUCUGUUGCCUAAUUUCGAUACUGUGAGCUACAUGCGGACUAUUGAUGAGAAAAAACUGCAGUCAACCAAUCUAGCCUCAGUUCUCGCCUUCAGUGUUCCUCUGAAACGCAGUACAUCGUCCUGCCCAAGGCUUUUAAUAGUGACGUAACAUUCUCAUACUCAUCUUUCUCAUCUUUGUCGCCUUUUAUCAUCUAACUUAUUUAUUUUGUGUGUGAAUUGCGUGUGCAUUAAUUUAUUGUCUGCGUACGAAGAUGUAAUCGAUUGUGUUAUUCUAUACAGAGAGCCAGUGUGAUGUAUGGUGUAGCUACAUGCCCCGCUGAAUGUUUUUGUUGUAUUCAGACGAGGCCAAUCAUUGUCUUUUUUUCAAGUGUAUCACUUUAUUUAUGCUACAGGAGUGUUUGUACUUUCAUAGCUUUCUCCGAGGACCGAAUUUGCUGUCUCUUACGAUAAAAGAUAUUAGUGACAACGGCUUACUGUUAUCAAGGUCGCACAAUUGCACAGGAAAGAAUGAAAGCCGUGUGACAUAAUUUUAAAUUGAAUAGCACAAAUUUCCGGAUAAAAUUAUUGCUCCGAUUCUUAACAAGUGCCUAUGAUAAGUAUUUGGGAAGAGUCCGCCUCACGCUCUCUCUCGACAGCUGUCUAAACAAAGUUUCGCAGCAUGUGGCCUCCGAGAUCGGGUGAGGGGGCACGGUGGAGUAUCUCGCCGCACUGCUGAAACUCGGAGACCAAGUGCAGCACAAGAUAAUCAGUGAUCUGUAAUGCAAAAGAGUAUCUCAGAUGAAGCUAUUCUGCUUGUGUAAGUUGCCUCCUUCAGGGCGCUCAGUCGAAGUCGAGCUUCGUAAGGUUUCACUGAGAAAACACUGGCAAAGAACUUGUUAUCAAGUAAAUCAGAAUUUUUCUCCACAUCUUUACCUCACUCUACGGACGCUAUGAAGAACAUGGAUACCAUUAAAUUACAUUGGUACAAGAAUUAGCGAAAAUUACUCGACACCGAACCGACCUAAUGUAGAGAACUGCAUGCUGUUCGAUGGAUGCUGUAUGACAGUGUAGCCAUUGAACAGAAAGUCACUUGAAACGUAUCACGGGUGAUAAGCAAAUUAUAUAUGUGCUUUGAAUAGGAAGUCUGAACUCCAGUAUUCACUGUGCAUCGCUUUGGUUUUUCGCCUAUAGCACUUUGCGUCGGCAGUCGUCGAAAGAGUGCUUGAGGCGCGUGUCUCCUAUACGUGAGCAUGUAGUACGAGAGAAGUACGCGAACCCGUAUAUUCUCAUUGCCAGUGAUGAACAUAGUAUUAGUAAUGAUCAUCCUCUUAAUUUAUGCAUUAGUAAUACGUUGUGUUUAUGAGAUCACGCAUUAAUAAAGUUGGAUUACUUCGUUCGUAAAGCUGUAUGGCCUUGUAGUGAAUAUGUGUGCGAUUAUUACGUUGUAAUCUAUAGUGAAUUUGAAUUUGAGUUUAUUUUUGAAACAAUGUUGCGGGAGACAACGAGUAAAAGCUGCUUAAACACCUUGAUAGGACCUGGCCACGCUACACACACGUUGGCAUAACGCUAGUUUGAACAGGAAAAAAAAAUGACUAGCCUUGGUUAUACCAAACUUCUGUCAUUGAACACAUACGUAUGAUCUAAUAAAAUUGUAUACAUUUC